AUGGGACUUCCCAAGUUUCUUAUUCUGUUUUUGUUUGCUGCCACAGUGGCUUGGAGGCAACAGCAAUUUCCGGGGCUUCCGAGUUUAAGCGAAGGAAGCUCCUUAACAGUUGAGAAGGAAAGCGACUUGUUGGUUUCACCAAAUGGAACUUUCUCAAGUGGAUUUUACAAGGUGGGCACUGAUGCCUAUUGCUAUGCAAUAUGGUUUACCAAUUCCACCAAUAAAACAGUUGCAUGGAUGGCUAACAGAGAUGAGCCUGUUAGCGUACGAGGGUCCAAGCUUACCCUCCACAAAGAUGGGAACCUUGUCUUGACUGAUGGGGUUGGUUCAACUGUAUGGUCAACCAGUACUUUCUCUAAUGCAGGCGUGGAGGCUCGGCUUCUUGAGACCGGAAACUUGGUGCUGAUCAACCAAUCAAAGGGGGUCAUAUGGCAGAGUUUUGACUUUCCGACGGAUACAGUUUUGCAAUCACAAAGAAUUGUCAAGAAAACAAUGUUGGUGUCCAUGAGAAGCCAAGGUACAUAUUUAUCUGGAUACUACAACCUCAAAUUUGAUGACACAAACGUCCUUUAUCUCAUCUAUAAUGGUCCAAUCAUUUCGAGUGUUUACUGGCCGAGUACAGAUGCAACUGUUUUUUAUAGCAAAAGAACACCUUAUAAUAGCUCUAGAAUAGCAAUUUUGAAUGAGGCUGGACAAUUUAGAUCCAAUGACAAUUUGAAUUUCAACGCAUCUGAUUAUGGAGUUGUCCCAAAGCGCCGUUUAACAAUAGAUUAUGAUGGCAUUUUGAGAUUGUACAGUUUAGAUGAAUCAACUGGGCUUUGGGAAAUCUCAUGGUUGUCGAGGAGUGUUAAAGCUUGCCAAGUUGAUGGCUUGUGUGGUGAAUAUGGUAUUUGCAUUUCCAACCCACAUCCUACUUGUACUUGCCCUUACAGUUUCACCAGAAACAAUCCUUCAGACUGGUCUAAAGGCUGCUCACCUUCGUUCAAUUUGUCUACCGAUUCAAGCAAAUUGGAUUUCAUGGAACUUCCUUACACAGAUUACUAUGGAUACGACUUGGGGACGUACAGGUUUGGCAUUUCAUUUGAAGCCUGCAGCAAUUCUUGCCUGAAUGAUACAAGAUGCAGAGGAUUUGGAUAUGCACUGGAUGGACAAGGAUAG